CAAAUCCAUGAGUUGACACGUAAAAGCUGACCUGGGAUUAAAAGCUGCAGUGACCCGAAAUUCCUCAAAUCCCCUGAGUGCAAGGCCAUGGCUCAGAAAAGCCCUGUGGACAACACCAUUAAUCUCCCCUACAAGGAUCUGACCUCUGAGGUGACCAGGCGCAGAGUCAUCAUGACCACCAGAAAAGAGAUAAUCACCCAGAAAAGUGAUGAAGCUAAGAUGCUCUCCCACUUGGAUUGGGAACAAGCCCCUCCCCCUCACAGGACCCACCUCAGAGUACCUCCUGCCCCACCUCCUUCUCCAGCUGAGGAUGCCACGGACUCCUAA